UCCAUUCUGAACAAUAUAUAAGCAGGUGCUUUCAGUUUAGCCAAGCAGUUUGAUUUACAAACGACUGACUCUCGCUGACUUGUUAGCUGGUUGAAUUUUGGGGUUUCUGGCGUGAAACCCCCAUAACCAAUUGUAGAAAACAGUGAUUUAAUGGAGAAUAUGUUCACUUGAAAAAAGAAUCUACACUAUACUGUAAUUUUGCUUUGGAAUUGUUUAGGAGUACCUCUAAUCACCGCCAUAGGAUCAUUGUUUGAUCUGAAUCCUAGCGGUCUCUCGCCUUGGGAUCUAGAGGUCUUGCCAGACACCAACGUUACCGAGGUGGAAUCUAUAGUCAAAGAGGCAUACGUUGGUCCCAAUGCGUCAUUCGCUGAAAAUUUGGCUGCCGUAGUAGAAUUAGUCAGCGACCAAAUGUUCGUGAGAUCAACUUUGAAGCAGGCCGAAAUACAAUCGAACUUUACCCCCGCAUAUCUCUAUCAAUUUUCUUUCGAGGGUUUCUUAACCUCGUUUCUUCCCAACAUCGAAGGCACGGGCAGGGCGGGCCACGGAGAGGAAUCCCCUUAUCUUUUUGCGACGAUGCCGUUGCUCACCGAUCGAGAAGUAUUGAUCAGCAAGCAGAUGGUCAAACUCUGGGCCAACUUCGCGAAAACCUUGAAACCCACUCCUGAUGCAUCGGACCCGCUGUUCAACCUCACGUGGCCGCAAGUUACCCCCACCAACAUUCAGUAUUUGGACUUCGACGAUCAGAUCGCGGUGAAACCCAACAGAAAGGAAAAAGAAAUCGCAAUGUGGAAUCGCGUUUAUUACACUUACAGUCAACAGCCAUUUAAUGGAUUUUAAGAUGUAUUAAACGUUUAGUUACAAAUUAAAGAUGUGUUUUAUUCAACGGCAAUUGCA